AUGGCGACUCACACUUUGGUGGGAACACCGACGGAUUCAGCUGCAGUUCCAAGCCAGGAUGCUGCCAGUAUGCCCUAUAAUUUACUACAUGACGUGCCUUUCGGUAUUUAUCAGUCCAGACAGCGUGCCCAGUGGAUGGAUGCCAGAGGCACCUACAAUUCACUGGAUGAUGUACCACACUGUCUUCAGAACCGAUGCACGACAACCAGUUUUCAGGCACGUAUGGCAUCCAGCAGUGGUUCACGUGGCACACCUGCGCAGCUAUUGGUCCUGGUUCCGGCAACAUCUGAUUCUCUGGAUGAUGUACCACAUUGUCUUCGAGACCGAGGAAAUGAACCUAUCUCGUGUAUCACGAUGGAUAUGCUACAUACCUGGGCUGAUCAGCCUGCCUCUCAACUUCUUACUCCCCACCACCUUGCUCAAUUUUUGCAUCAGUGGGGUUUUUCAGCCGUGGAUAUUGUUGAAUGGGGCAUUUAUUACUACUUUGAGCAGGCUCCAUGUACGGAUGCAGAGUGGAAACAGGCGCUUCUUCAGCAGCUGCACCGCAAUGUUUAUCAGCUUUCCAUGUCUGGUGCCAUAUGCUAUUUCAAACAGCUGCUAGUGGGUGCCCAUCGGGAGGACUUUUUUGAGGAGCUUUACACGGUGGCAUGCCGUCGCAUUCAGCUGGAUGAUCCUACUACUACUAUGACCACUAUUGCACUCCCUGGGCCUUCUCCCGCCCCGCUGCGAUCACUCACUUUUCCCGACGGGCUGCCCCAUCUAUCUGGUCUCAACCUGGUGCGCGUCAACCGGGCUAAUCAGCUGUACCACUUUACAACUACCAUCUGUGCUGAGGCCCAUCACCGCAACCUCAUCAUCGCCGUGGAAAAUCCGCGGAGCAGUCUCUACUGGUCCACCAGCUUCUGGGCUGCUGCGGCCUCCUUUUGUCCUAUGCAUACUGAUUUUCAACACUGUGCCUUUGGCGGUCGCCGGCCCAAGUGGACUCGCCUUUGCCACAACCACCAAGCCUUCCAUGCUUUGCAUCGCGUCUGUCCGGGCGGUGCCUGUGCUGCCCAACAUUUGCCGUGGGGUCGUUCUGAAGACGGCUCCUUUGCCACCGCCGGUGAAAGCGCUUACCCGCCGCAGCUAGCCACCGCCAUCGCUCAGUGCUUUGCUCGAGCAGUUACUUUUCUGCCUGAGGCCGAGCCCUCCCUUGCAGCCAUGAGGGCCACUUCCGGCCUUCAGCCCAAAGCUUCGGCGGUGCCGCCCCUUGUCCCCGAGCACAAAGCUGUGCUUGUGAUGACCGGCCCAAGUGAUGCCACUUCCUUGCCGACCCUUCGCGCCCGACUGCCCGAGCCGUGGUCUGACUCGCGCUUCGCGCCUGCUGGGCCCGUGCCAGCCCACAGUCAAUUACUCCGAGCGGAUAAGAAGGGAAGUGAUCGACUUGAGUUGGCCUGGGGCAUAUCUUGGUCUCCAGAAGAGUUCAUACAUAAAGCGGUCCAAGCGGGACAUCCCAAAAAGUUUGACUCGCUACUGCCUUCCGCACUGAGCCACAGCAUAGACGUAAAUGCAAAAACAACGCCGGCCGAUAGAGUCGGCCUCAGAGCCGAAUGGUUUGCAAAGUGGACCAAACGUGCGGCUGAACUUUCGGGGGACGAAAAGAAGCUCAAGAGCUCUCUCCCCGAGUACGCCAGGAAGAUCGUCCUACCAAAAAGGAUUUUAUUGUGGCGUGAGAUUCUAGAGGAUCUCAAAUAUCCUGACAUUGGAGUGCUGGACGAAAUGCUUGAAGGAGUGCACUUGACAGGUCAGACCCCUUGCACAGGGGUCUUUCCUGGGGCCUUUAAGCCAGCAAAAAGGACUUCGGAACAGCUGCGCUCCAAAGCUAGUGAGUCCCGCCAGAAGAUCAUCGAUGCAAUCAAAUCGCAGGGUCACCUGGAUGAAGCGCUAGAGCAAAAGGUCGACGAAGAAGUGGAACUCGGCUGGCUGUCCGAGCCGAUAGACCCGGCCGAUUUGCCGGAAGACGCCACAAUCAGCAGGAGGUUUGCGAUCGAGCAGUCAGGUAAGAUUCGCUUGAUAGACGACCUGAGUGAUAGUGGUGUUAAUGGGUCUGUCCAAACCACCGAGAGCCCCAAACCUCAAUCCCUUGAUGUGGUGGCCGCCAUGGCCUUGGCCUGUCUUAGACAGCUGCCUGGGACUCCCAUGCUAGGGAAGACGUUCGACUUAAAGAGCGCAUACAGGCAAAUGUUUGUGUCUCCGGACGACCUCAAGGAAGCUUACAUUGCAUACUUCAGCCACCGCGAACGCAAAGUGAUAGUAAGGCAAAUGCUUGCGCUCCCAUUCGGGGCGACCAGAGCGGUGUUCUCUUAUUUGAGAGUGGCGCACUCUAUGUGGUACAUUGGAUGCUGGGCACUGAAGCUGAUUUGGUCGCAUUUCUUCGACGACUUUCUGAGUCUGGCGACUCAGAUCGAGGCCAAAGCAGUUGACCUGGCGAUAUCAUCAUUGUUCAGGUUGCUAGGGUGGAAAGUCUCGGAGGACAAAGACAAGCCCUUUGCUGAGAGUUUUGCUGCGCUUGGGGUACGGGUUAGCUUUGAACGAUUUUUGCAAGGGGAAGUCCUGUUCCAUAACACGGACAAGCGCAUCCUGGAGGUCUCGGCCACGCUGCGCCAUGCAGCUGACGAUCCGGCUCUCACCCAGAAGGACCUGUCGCGCAUUCGAGGUCGCAUGGUCUUCGCAGGGGGCCAGCUCUUCGGAAGAGCCGGCCGGCUAUGCGUGGCCGCCCUAGCUGGUGAAGGUUGCUCGACCAAGGCUAACCUUAGCAACGACGCAAAGCAAGCCAUGCUUCAGUUUGCCGACCUGCUUGAAGCCAAUUGGCCGCGCGUGCUGAGAGAUGUGUCGGCAGAUCCUGUGUAUAUCUUCACUGAUGCCUCGUAUUCCGAGGUGAGUGGAGGUACUUUCUGCGGCAUAGGCGGAGUCUGCUUUGACCACAAAGGUCAUCCCCUUGGAUUUUUCUCCGAAGAAUUGUCCUGUUUCCAGAAGCGUCUACUAGGAGAGGGCAGGUCUAAGACCAUCAUCUUCGAGGCGGAACUUGCAACAAUCGUAAUCGCUUAUGUCUUCUGGAAAGAUUGGCUUAGGGGAAAACCUGCUGUGAUUUUUGUGGACAAUAACUCCGCUAGAGACGUGUCAAUCAGUGGCACAUCACGGAAUGAUGUAGGCAAAUCGCUUGCAUCACUUCUCUUAACAGUGGAAUCCUUAGCCAAAACUUUUUCGUGGUUCGCUCGCGUUCCGUCACCAGCGGACAUCGCAGACACGCCUUCGCGUGAAGUGCUGAAAAGCUUCACCGUGUCAGGCCGCCCCGUCCCUCACUUCCCGUGCGAGGAGGCGAUGUUUGUUCCGCCAGGCGAUGACGUUCCGCCAUCUGUAGCUGCAGGUUUGAGGCUAAAUGCCUCAUGGCACCAAGGUACCCCUUGUCACCGCUGGUGA